UUUCCGACAAAUGACGUCAUUGCCGCAUGAGCGCGAAGAGGAAGCGUUUUACCCACGUUGCGUGACAAAGGCAGGACAACUAUUUGGAACGGUGCUGGUAUUUACUCGAUUGUUUUAAAUUUGAUUGCACUGUGAACACUUAAAAAUGAGUUAUGGUCGAGGACCACCCGAUAUUGAGGGGAUGGCAUCCCUCAAAGUGGACAAUUUAACCUACAGAACGACGCCGGAAGAUUUGCGGCGUGCCUUUGAAAAAUAUGGCGACGUUGGAGAUGUGUACAUUCCCCGCGACAGAUUUACUCGUGAAAGUAGGGGAUUUGCCUUUGUACGAUACUACGACAAACGUGAUGCGGAAGAUGCGCUUGAGAGUAUGGACGGCGCUAUCAUGGAUGGGAGGGAACUGAGAGUCCAGAUGGCGAGAUACGGACGUCCCAACGAGUCCCACCGAAGUAGGGCACCACCUCGCCGAAGCUAUGGGUAUGGACGGUCUCGGCGGUCAAGGUCCCGAUCUCGUUCUAGAUCAAGAGGAAGAAGAUCAAGGUCACGAUCAAGGAGGAGGCGUAGUAGGUCACGAUCCCGCAGUCACUCCAGGUCAAGGAGCUACAGUCGCAGUCGUAGCAGGAGCAAAAGCAAGAGCAUAAGUCGCAGCAGAAGCAGAUCAAGGGAUGCCUCUAAAUCUCCAUCAAGGUCGCCAAGUCACAGAAAUCAUGAUGACAACGCCGGUGACGACUGAGCUAAAAGUCUUGAUAUCAUCAAUAUUGAAUGAAAGAAUGAUGACCGGCAUAGCUUAUCCUUUCCAUGUUGACUGGCUGAGCACAUACUGUCAUUCAAGCCGAUCAUGUGACAAUGAAAGGUUACUAUUUUAUAGAUACAUUCAUCCCCAUAUGUAGUAAAAUCGCUCAUUUUAUUAAAAGAUCGUUGCUCAGUCAAACUAAACAGUGGAAUUUAUAUUGUGGAGAAAAAAGUGUUCCAAUAUCAUUUUGUGAUUUCAGAAAAUCAUGCUUGGAGUUUUAUUUUCAAGUUGAGAAAUCAAAUGACUGAUUAAAACAUGCAUGUACCUGUAUUUUAAGCAAUGUGAAAACACUUUUGAGAAGGAAACUCCUUUGAACUAUUUUAGUAUUGUGCAACUCAUGAUAGACACAUUUUAUUGUAAAUAAAUCAUUCAGUCGUUUCCAUUAACACAUGAUUUCUUCUAUUUCACAUGUGCUGUAGGAGCAGUAAGGUGUUAGUUAUGCUGUGUGCUGAAUACAGCUGAGAAAGAGGGGCUUGCAGAGUGUACUGCCAGGGGUUCGAAAUCCUGCCGAAGCAGUUGCUGUAUUUGCUCUGCAGUCCGGAGUGUUGCUGGUCAUGCUCGGGUGGCAGAUCCUGUUAGCUGUUUCUUCUUGCCUCCAGAUUUUUUUUUUCAAAUCAAAAAAAUUAAGACGAGAUAAAACAAUAACAACUUCUGUUAAUGUGGAAAAGAAUAUCACAUUCAUACAUAGACAACAACAAAAUCAGUGUUGUGAUUAAAUAAUUCCUAUGCGUUUAAAAAUUUUGUAAUGAAUUUUGAAGAAUCUGCGAGAGCUUGUUGAAUACCAAAAACUUAAGGGGAAUAAAACAAGAACAAUGUGUUUAUUAACUGCAGCAUAUUCCAUCAAGAAUAAAC